AUGUCGUUAUGGUCUAUUCGUAUUGUGACCAGGUUCUGCAACUCCUCGAGCACUCAGGUUCCUCGGUUCCUCUCCUCUCGUUUCCUUCUUCUUCGUUCUGAUCCUGUCCGUAACAAUCUACUGCCAACGACGAGAGUUUCCCGUCUUCAUGCUUCCAUAUCUCGUUGUUAUCAUUCCGUGUGCAUCGAUUCACAAAGUGAGUCAAGGCACACAGAAUUAUCUGCAAUUGAUACGGCUCUUGACUCGGUUGUGAAGAUCUUCUGCUUCCGUAGUGACACAGAUGUUGAUAAACCUUGGAAGAAUAGUUGGGAGGGAUUUGCCACGGGCACUGGAUUCGUAAUUUUUGGAAGGAGGGUUCUUACAAACGCUCACAUUGUGAAAGAUCACACAGACUUGCAAGUGAAAAAGCAUGGUUCACCCACCAAGUACGAAGCAAUAGUUGAAGCGGUUGGGGAUGAAUGUGACUUGGCCAUCUUAGCUGUUGAUAAUGAAGAGUUUUGGGAGGAUUCAAAUCCUUUGGAGCUUGGAGAUAUACCCUAUAUGGGCGAUACUGUCUACGCUUUAGGUUAUCCUCGUGGUGGUGACACUAUUUCUGUUACAAAAGGUAUUGUAUCGAGUGUUACAGUUAAUCCUUACUGUCACAGCUCCACCGAGCUAUUGACAAUACAAGUAGAUGCAGCCAUUACUUAUGGAAAUAGCGGUGGUCCGGUCAUUAUGGGAAACAAAGUUGCUGGUGUAGCAUUCCAAGGUCGUGUACUAGGUAAAAAUACAGUGUACUUAAUUAUCCCAACUCCAGUAGUUAAUCAUUUCUUAAGUGUUGUUGAAGAAAAAGGUUACUACACUGGUUUUGAUUUGCCGGAUAUAUCCUGUCAAGCUAUGGAGAAUUCUAACAUACGUAAACACUUUAAGAUGACACAUGGAAUGUCAGGAGUUCUUAUAAAUGAAAUGAACAUGGUGUCAGCUGCUCAUAAAUUUCUGAAAAAAGACGAUGUCAUUCUUGCAAUCGAUGGUGUUCCUAUUGGAAAUGAUGCGACAAUUGUUUUACGUGGAAAAGAACGAAUAAAUUUCAAUCAUUUGGUUUCUAUGAAGAAACCAGGUGAAAAAGGUCUGUUUAAGGUCUUAAGAGAUGGAAGAGAGCAUGAGUUCAAAAUCAGUUUAAACUCCGUGCAACCACGGCUGGUUCCGGUGCGCCAAUAUGAUCCAUUUGAUCCAAGGUGUUACAUAUUUGCGGGGUUUAUCUUUGCGUCUCUUUCUAAGCCAAAGAUUGACAAUUCUUCUGACGCCAUAUGUGAUUGUGCUUUGAAAAGGAGGCCCGAAAAAGCUGCUCAAGAGAUUAUCAUCAUUUCAGAGAUGUUAGAGGAUGACAUCAACGUCGGAUACUAUAGUUUCAAAAAAUUGCAGGUGAAGAAGGUGAACGGAGAGGAAUUGUUGAAUUUGGAUCACCUACGUAGACGCAUCGAAAAAUGUCGCACCGAAGUUCUGAGGUUGGACUUAGAAAAGGGAAAGGUUAUAAUCUUGCACUAUAAAUCUGCAUGCGAAGAAAAUUUGUUGAUCUUGAAACGUCAUAGAAUACCAUCGAGCAUGUCCUAG